AUGCACUUCAAAUGGGGGGCCGCGUUGGCUCUCGCUGCUAGCCAUGUCUUCGCCGCCACUCAGAUCACGGACGAUGAGAUGAAUGCACUCCUUGACGCUGGUGGCGUUGAUCUUGCAGAUCGCUAUGCGCCAAUGUGGUUCUUUGGUCAAUCUCAGAACCAGCCUCCUUGUUAUCCGACUUGGGCAUUUGGCGGCUCCCCUGAGACACCUGAUGUAUAUGACGACUCUCAUAAGACGCCCGCGGCAGCACAGUGCAAUUAUCCAAACGUCGGGUGUAACUGUCGCAAUCCAGAUGUUGGGAUUGGGAACCCUGGGCCUGCGUUUCCGAUAUACUACACGUAUCAAAAAUGCAAUGACGCCGAAGUCCGCGUGGUGUAUAAUGUCUUCUAUGAGAAAGACGGCGCAAAAUUCGGCGCUAUAAAUACUGGACACGAUUAUGACUGGGAGCGCGUGGUGAUCAUCCACUCCCGAGACGACAACAAUAUGUGGGCACCGUCCCGAGCCCUACUUUCUGCGCAUAGCGGCUAUAGCAAUCUAGCCUGGGGAGAUAUCCAGAAUACUCUCACAACCGACGAAGUGAAUGCCGGGAAGGCCAAGGACCCCAAUGGUGUUCGAGACAAUGAUCAUCCCAAGGUAUAUGUUUCGUGGUCGAAGCAUGCAAACUUUGAUACUCGCAACACUGGCUGGAACGACCCUGCUAGUCAAUCAUUGGAGAACGCCUUCCGCAGCCAGGACUGGUGGCAUUUUGUCGCACCACAGAAUUAUGUAGGUUUCGGUCGUGACGGCGUGUGGGCGGUGCUGACAAGAGUUAGAUCCGAGCUGAUGAGAGCACUGAUGCUGGAAAGGCCCUUGGAUCUGCCGAUUGGGGAAAUGCAAGCAGCGACCCCCCUUCUGUGCAUUCUAGCGUUUGCGACGCUUCCUAGUCAGCUAUGUUGGAACUUUUGUCGGGCACAUACCGCACGCAUCGGCAGAAGUAUGCAGCAUAGAGGACCUCGCAGAUGA